UUCCCUCCCUUUUGGAAUCUAAAGCUUCCCGGCAUAACAAUACGAGGCGGCCGCGAGAGGGUUAAGGGACAAGCGGCGCCUCUUUGACUUCUACCCAUCGGGGCGGGGCUCGUCCACGUGGGCGGAGCCAGCUUUGGCUGACACCUGAGCGAAGGAGGUGCGUGGUGCUACCGCCAUGGACAGGCUCGGCGAAGAAGAAGAAGAGCCGGUGGUGGCUGCAGCGAAGGAGGCGGAGAAUGACGGGCUGGACUUGCUGGCCCGGCGGCAGCGCAAGGAAAAGCGCGAGCUGCAGGCCAAAAUCCAAGGAAUGAAAAAUGCUGUUCCAAAGAAUGACAAAAAGAAAAGAAAACAGCUGUCUGAGGAUGUUGCUAAACUGGAAGCUGAGCUGGAACAGAAGCACAAAGAAGAACUGAAGAAGCUAAAGGAGACAUUACCUGAACAGAAUAAAGAGGGUUCAGCAGUUAGAAGUAUUGCAAGAUUGGAGCUUGAGGGCACAGAACAGAGUCAGCCUCCUAGAAUAUCAAAAGCACAGAAGAGGCGGGAUAAAAAAGCAGCCAUAGAAAAGGAAAGAGAAGAAAGAAUAGCAGAAGCUGAGAUUGAAAAUUUAACAGGAGCUAGGCACCUUGAAAGUCAGAAACUUGCACAGAGCUUAGCCACAAGGCAGCUGGAAAUUAAGCAGAUCCCAUCUGAUGGUCAUUGCAUGUACAGAGCUAUUGAAGAUCAACUCAAGGAGCAACAAAACUCCUGGACAGUUGCAACUCUUAGAAGUCAGACUGCAGAGUACAUGAAAAGUCAUAUAGAUGAUUUCCUACCAUUUCUAACUAAUACAAAUACCGGUGACCUGUACAGCCAAGAGGAAUUUGAAAAAUACUGUCAUGAUAUAGCAAACACAGCUGCAUGGGGUGGUCAGUUGGAACUAAGGGCUCUGUCACACAUCUUGCAAACACCAAUUGAAGUCGUACAAAUGGAUUCACCACCUAUCAUUGUUGGUGAAGAAUACAGUAGAAAGCCACUAAUACUUGUGUAUAUGAGACAUGCAUAUGGAUUAGGAGAACAUUAUAAUUCUGUAAAACCUCUAAUGGACACGACAGAAAAUGAAAGCUAGUACAUGAUUCAUCAGAAGAUAUGAUGAGUGCAUCUUUGCACUUUAUGCUACUUAUCUUUGGAUAAGUAAACUAAUUCUGCUUGAGUUUUUUUUUUACAAGGCAUUGAGGGUUUGGGAAUAUAUCAAAUUUGUUGUAAAAACUGUUAAUUCUAAUUUAAAUCAUGUUUUAAAACUUCCCCCAAAAGUGUUUGUAAUGUACCUCAUAAUAAACUGUGUAUUAGAUUUUUUCAUUUGUGUUCUAUCCUCUUUAGUAACAAAGACAAUGGUA